CCAGAUCCUCCCAGCACUUUCCCGACACUUGCUCUGUGUCGACUCACGUCUGGGAAAUCUCCGGUCCGGUAUAAAACCCACCGCCAGGAGGAAUUAGUCCGAGGUUCAAGGGAAAAAGGCAGCGUACGCUUCGGAGAUUGCGGUUGGGUCGACGGCGACUGACUGCGUAACGGUGAUGCGUCUAAUCCAAAAGAGAUAAAGUUUAUUAAAACAUUAAAUUUGUAUUUUUUUUGUAUUUUUAUUUAUUUUAUUUUUUUUUAAGAAAAAGUUUCGCUCAGGGUUUCUUGGCACACAUACAGGACUUUGCCUAGUGUUAAAGUGAGCGGGACAUGGCAGAGGGAGACUUCUACACGUUGGGGAACCGGCAGCGGUUUCCCAGGGACCCGUUUGGAGAGUCGCCGUUCAGAGAUCAGUCUCCGUUCAGGGAUCAGCUCGCGUCGCGGUUUAUAGAGGAUGACUUUGGGAUGCCGCCUUUCCCCGAUGAGCUGGCGAUGGACUGGCCGGGCUGGGCUCGGCCGGGUCGGCUCAGCUCGCGCCUCAGCACCUCGCCCUUCAGCAGCGGCUUACGCACGGGCUUCCCCGCGCGUCAGUCCGCGGGAGGCCCCACGGUGUACACCAGCCGGUACGGCGAGCCUUCCUCCCGGAGCUCCCCCAUCACCACCGGGGGGGAGCCCUGGAAAGUUUGCGUGAACGUCCACAGCUUCAAACCAGAGGAACUAAACGUCAAAACGAGGGACGGGUUUGUAGAGGUGUCAGGGAAGCAUGAAGAGAAGCAGGAAGAGGGAGGCAUUGUGACAAAGAAUUUCACAAAGAAGAUACAGAUCCCGAUAGAUGUGGACCCCCUGACAGUUUUUGCCUCCCUGUCCCCCGAGGGCGUCCUUAUUAUCGAAGCCCGGCAGACGCCUCCGUACUACCUGUUCAGCAAUGACCCCUCCCAGCCUGGUGACACACUAGAGGUGGAGGCCCAGAAGCCCCAAGAGGCCCCGGUGGUCUAAACUGCCACCUGACAAUUAACAUUAACAGAUCAUCCUGCGAAACUGAUUACUAGUUUGGUAUAAAAUGUGUGGCCUUCAGCUUCAUGUUGUUAGACACCUGGAAUCAAAUUGUGUAAAAUAUGAAAGAAAAGUCCAGUUUGAUAUCUUUCUGAAAGCUGCACAAGGCAAAAUUGAGUCACAGAGUUAAGCAACCGGUUUUCUGAAACUUAAAGAUAAUUUAUAACCGGUUGCCCUCGUUGCAACUCUCCUAUCCAUCACUUAUUAUGUAUGAUUAUUGACGUACUUUCUAUCAGAUGUUUAAACAGAAUGUUUUGUUGCAUUAAGAGAAAAAAACAGAUGUUAUUUCUGACCUUUCAGUCACAAACUUGAGAAGGUUUUUUGUUUUUUUUUGUUUUUUCAUGGCGUGGAAGGUGAUCCGCAUGGUCUGAAGAGUCUCUGGAGAGGUUUAUGUAUAUCUUCAGAUCAGUAAAUGUUCUGAAUGUUUUUUUUUUUCAUUUUUAUAAAAAUUAAGGCUGAGCUCUGUGACGACGACAAAACAAGGCAAAAUUUUUGGGGUACUGAAGAUCAGAGAUUUUCAAAAAGCUACAACUUCCGGAACCCCUCGGUGUGUUAACUUGUCUUUUACUGCUUGAAUAAAAUAUAAUGGGUGCAGUUUGAGCGUGUGCAAGAGCUGCUGGGCCACAGUGAUAUCCUCAGUAAUCCAUGACACUGUGUGAACCUCUCAAGAUCAAAAUUCAUACUUGUAUUUAUAUUACCAUGCCAUUCAUUUAGUGAAACAGUCUUUGCAUUAAAUGUGUUUAAUGUGAUUUUUUUUCUUGUGAGAAGUGACGAUGUGUCUUUAUUAACUUGAGUGCCUUGACUUCCUUCAGUCCACAGUUGUUUAUCUUUUGAGUUAAUGAAUGUCACUUAAACUGACAAGAAACGAAAGUAAGUUACCUUUUGUGGCUUCAUUAGAAGGUGAAUUGUGUGCAUCCACACUGUGUAUUGUAAAUAUACUUCAAUAUGUGCCAAUUCAUGAAAAAAUACUCAUCUGAAGUGUUCCAGGUUUUGCAAUAUGGUUUGCAUCUUUCUUUUCUAUUCGGGCGUUCAGAUAAGACGGCUGCAUGACUGUUGGAGCGGACAGACCGCGCUCAUAUGCCGAAGACGUUUGUUUCCUGCCUUCCUUUCUGUUGAUGUCUUUGUAUUGGCUGACGCAAUAAAAAAUGUCCAGCCAGUCUCUCA